AUGACUGACCCCUCAGGAGCAAAUGCCGGCGGCGCUGGCAGUUUGCAUUGGAUCCCUCCCUUACGAGGAGCCAACAACUAUAACGUUUGGCGUAUCCAAAUGGAGGACGUACUCACCGACCUUGAUUUAUAUGGACACGCAGACGGAUCAAAACUUAAACCGAACUCUAAGGUAGAAGUUGCGAUCACCGGCCGUAAAGACGAUGAAGGUAACCGCUUACCUGACUUGGAAGUCGACAGCGACAACCCCUUAUAUGCGUCUUGGAUUAAAGCCAACCGCAAAGCGCUAUUGAACAUAAGACUAAGAGUUGACGGAAGUGUACUUACUCACAUACAAGGUUGUACAACUGCCGCCGACGCCUGGUCUACGUUAGAAGCCACAUUCCAAGUCAAAGGUACUGUUGGACUCAUUGACUUACGGAGACAAUUCUUCAGUCAUUGGAUGACCGAUGGUGAAGACAUUGAGGAACACAUCCAGCAAAUGCACGGAUGGUACCAACAAAUAAACAGUAUCAGUAAGGACUCAUGCACUGAGGUUGAUUGGAUAACGACGCUCAUCGCAAGCUUACCUGAUAGCUGGGAUACGUUUACGCAAUCUGUAAACUUCCAAUUCAAUCUAGACAACAAGAACAAACAAGCAAAUCAAAUCAGCGAUUUGAGGUCACAAAUAUUAGCAGAAUCCCACCAAAGAAAUACUAGAGGUACUGAUGGAAAGGCAUUCUUUAGUACAAACAAAUCAACUGUAAAUAGAGCUAUACGUACCAAUGGUAAAGGUCCAGAUAAGACUAAGUCGAAAUGCAACAACUGCGGACAACUCGGCCAUUGGAUAGCUGAGUGCCAAAGCCCCGGCGGAGGUGCAUUCAAAUCAGGAAAUAAAGGUAAUGGACAAAACAGACAAAUAAACUUACCAAAUAAAACCCAAUUUAACAAUGCUAGAACGCAUAUAGCCGUGGAAAAGUCCACAUCUGCCAACUACGCAUUCUUGACCAUUGAGGAAUCAUAUGGAACCAUUAGUAAGCUAACAAACUCAUGGAUAGCCAAUAGCGGAACAACAACUCACAUAUCUAACAACUGGAACUUAUUUUCCAAAUAUAGCAAGUCAUUGGGACACGUAUCUGGCGUAUCCAGAAGCGAACCAAUAAUCGGCCGAGGGACAAUAGAACUUGAAUGUCUCAGUGACCCCAAGACAAACAAUCUAUCUUUGAUAACUGAUAAAGGCUUCCGAGUUUCGAUGGAUCAAGACCGCUUAGUAAUAUAUGGGCCAAACAAUGAAUGUAUUACUUAUGGUUCAAAGCUCAAAGAACGCGCAAAAGGGAAUUUGUGGAAAAUAAAUGCGCGCUACAUUAACAAACAAAACGCAAACAAUAAGUCCACUGAACUGGCACUCCUUAAACAAACUGGUCAAACUUGGUUUGACUGGCAUAAAGUUCUUGGGCACAUCGGCCCGCAAGCUCUCCAACGCCUAAAAAACACCAACGCUGUAAAAGGUAUGGAAAUAGCUGACGACGCCAUUGGACUUAACUUUGAAUGUGAUGUAUGCGCACAAACAAAGGCCCACACACAACCAUUCCCCAAAGAAUUGGCAACAAAAGUCUCCGAUAUAGAUAAGAAAAUCAAGAAAGUUUGCUUUGAUAACGGUAGGGAAUUUGUGAAUAAAGACUGGAUUGAGCAUGCUGCUCAAAGGGGGACUAUUUUGGAAACUACGGCCCCGUAUUCAGCCCAACAAAACGGCAUUGCUCAAAGGUUGAAUCAAACACUCACCAAGAAAGCACAAGCCAUGCUACUUGAGUCAAACGCCCCAAAGUUUCUUUGGAGCGAGGCCAUAGCAUACGCAUGCUACCUAAAGAAUUGCGUGCCUACGCAAGUGCACGGAACGUUCUGGAAAACGCCCUACAAAGCCUUCUGGGGCAUUAAACCCAACGUUAAUACACUCUGUCCUUGGGGAAGUAAGUGCUACGUACUAAAUCAAGGUGGAGACUUGUCUAAGCUCAACCCUAAGACAAUGACUGCAAUAUUUGUGGGCAUAUCAGACGUCCAAGGAAAGAGCUGGCGGUACUACAAGUCAGGAUCAAACCGCAUAUUGCACUUGCGAAACGUCACCUUUCCAAGUCAUGCACGAAUCAAAGAAGUUGAUAACGGCAAACCCAAACCGGGAGAAUUGGUUGCUCUGCCCGCUGAGGGGGAGAUGACGCAAGCUAACAGCGCUGCGCAACAACCAAUAGAAAAUACUAGAACAGGGGGAGCGCAUGUAGAUAGUGAAGAAAUAAAAAUCAAAAAAUUAGAACAUACGGGUAUAAAAACCAAACCGCUGAGCAACGAAUUGACAUCCAACAAACCAACUCAACCUAUUCAGCAAUUGCUCAAUCAACCUGUUGUUCCCAAACCUACCACCAUUUGCAACAAUCCUGUUAUGCGCACUGGUAAUAAUUCUAUUUCUAACUCUACUCUACAAACAAUCAAUGCGCUCAAAGAACGUGGCAGAGUCAGGAUUAAACUCCCCGACAACGUUGCGACAGACCUCCCCAACGCCGCAAGCAUGCACUCCGACAGCUCCGACGUUGAUCUUGACGCAUAUACCUUCUCCACCAACACCUCCUCCAUACUAUCCGCCCCUACCAUCCCGUCCAAGCUUGCCUACCUGCUGGCAACCCCGCCAGCAACCAAACUGGACACAUCCUUAUCCGACUUGCUCAAUGAUCGAUUCAGCUACCUCAACCUAUCCGAAUUGACUUCAACCAAAUUGGAUACCACCCUGGCAACGCCCGGGGAUGUGGAACACAAAUGGGCCUAUGCCGCCAAGCUAUCCGCGCCCAACAACCACCCAACCGUUGCGGAAGCGCUUGCCGGACUGGACGCAGAGGAAUGGCAAAAAGCCAUGGCAAAGGAGGUUAGUACAUUCAAGAAAAUGGAUACAUACAAUCUCACCAAUCUACCACCCGGACACAAGGCAAUCGGAAACGCAUGGGUAUUCACACUCAAGCGUAACGCCGACGGCACACCAGCCCGCUACAAGGGACAACUAGUAGCCCAAGGUUUCAGCCAACAACCUGGUAUUGACUUUGAUGAGACGUUUGCACCUGUACUCAAUGUUAAUUCUGCAUACCUACAUGCAAAAGUAAACAAAGAAUUAUACAUGGGACAGAUCCCAUAUUUUGAAGACAGCCGCAUGUGGAACAAACUAUACGAUACCAAGCUCAAAAGCCUUGGAUACUCGCCAUGCCUUACUGACGCGUGCGUGUACAAACGCAUGGUCAACACUGAGGGUGAGCUUUGCAUAUCCAUUAUUGCUACGCACGUUGACAAUUCUAUUGUUAUUACUUCACGCAAUCACACUGAAUCUGCCAUAGCCAAACUCUUACACAAAUUUGACAUGCAAGACUUAGGAAAUAUCCAUCAUUUCCUAGGCAUUGCUAUUGUUCAAAACUCAAUCAUUGCAGGACUCAACAACGCUUACCCGGCCGACACACCAAUCAGUCCGACAACUCAACUCACGCAAUACAAAGGUACCAAACCAAAAUUCAAUUAUGGCACUUUGGCCCUUGGACUGACGUAUUGGCAAUCAACAAACAACUUUGGUGAAAUUGGCUAUUCUGAUGCCAACUGGGGAAGCAAUUUACUUGAUUCUAAGAAGCAGGCCACCGUUGCUUUAUUGACAAUGGAGGCCAAAUACAUGUUGUUAUCUCACGCAUGUGCUCAAGCCUUAUGGAUGCGUCAAUUGUUUGAAGAACUCAACUUCACUACUGACAAUCCAACCUUAAUUCUUUCAGAUAAUCUCGCCGCUCUCGCUCUGUCUGCCGAAUUGCAAUUUCACGGACGAUCAAAACACAUUGAUAUUCAACACCACUUCAUGCAAGACAUAAUCAAGAAACGUAAGGUAACUACACUGUACGUACAAACUAAUGAGAACUUGGCCGAUGCUUUUACUAAAGCAUUAGCCGCUCCUCAAUUCAGAUACCUUAUGCAAUUGAUACUAGGCAAACAGCUGGAGGAAACUAAGGAGAAUGAAAUUGAAUAG